UUUUGGCAGAAUAAGAACAACAGCAGCAGAAUAACAAAAGCAUAAAAUUCUUGAAAACUUGCUAUUAAAUUUCGAUGUAAUUGUUCAGAUUCACCCGCUGUGCGACACUACUUUCAUACAGUAAAUCAGGAAUUGAAUUUCGGUUGCUGAUUAUCAACAAUGUUGGGAAAAUAUGGUGAAACACCGGAAAGUGACCGAAACCGAAAUCAACCGCUGCCGAUGGUACCGCCUCCACUCUAUCCGGCACCAUCCACAACAUCCAUAGUGAAUAACCGAUCAAACGAAACAACAGUAGCUACUGUGGUAAAUUCACUGCCAACCAUGCUUGGCAAAAGUGUGUCCGCUGGCCCGUCAUCGACCGUAGUGGCAAGCAGUUUGGAAUCGAGCGUUAAGCAACUUACCCCGCAAUAUCAGUGUCAGCUUUGUCUCAAGUGUUUCGAGAAUGUGUCCGCUCUGUCGUUGCAUCUAAAUUCACACGAGCAAGAGUAUCGCGGUACGAUGAACUACAAUGGACAGAUUACUCCCGCACAUACGAUCAAAACGGAACCGCAAUCGUUUCAUCUGGUAGCACCACCGAACUACCCGGGUACCGUGCUGCAGGGUUUUCAGAUCGUCACCAGCUCCGGCCAGGUGUGUCAAAUUUGUCAGAAGGUUUUUAGUUCCGCUGAACAGUUUCAUGCUCAUAUGAAGAUUCAUGAAAACGAAUCCCGAUAUCGAGCAUGGUAUCAGUCUAAUUCGGCUGGUGCGGCUCCUGUACAACCACCCAAGGAACCAGAGGUAGUAGAGGAAAACGAUGGAAAACCGAUCGACUGUAUUGUGUGCCAUAGCAAAUUUCAAACCGCUGCACUAUUGGCCGUGCAUCUGCGCGAGCAUAGCACUCAGAAACCGUACGUUUGUACCAUUUGCGGAAAAGGUUUCAUUCAAUCUAACAAUCUUUCUACACACAUGAAAGUGCACUCUGGACAGAAACCUUUCAAAUGCGAUAUCUGCAAUAAAAACUUCAGCCAGUCCAACAAUCUAAAGACACACGUAAGGACCCACACGAACGAACGACCCUACGCGUGUGCCAUUUGUGAGAAACGGUUCAACCAGAAAAACAAUCUGACCACACAUAUGCGAACCCACUCGCUCGUUUGUAAAGUCUGUCGGGUUCAGUUUCAGCAUCCGACGGAACUAUCCAAUCACGUACGGAUUUGCUAUGCAGAUCUUAAGCCAAACAUUUGUACCGUGUGUAACAAGGUGUUCGUCAACAACGACGAACUGACGGAUCACAUGAAACAGCACAAUCAGGUUAAACCACACAAGUGUCAGAUCUGUCUAAAAACUUUCACCCAGUCGAACAAUCUGAAAACUCACAUGAAAACUCACAUCUUCCAAGACCCCUUCAAAUGUUCCUUCUGCUCGCGUUCGUUCCAGAAUGACGAAGAAUUCGCUCGUCAUUCACUGGUGCAUUCCUCCCCGAAACCGUUCAACUGCCCUUACUGUGGCAAACAAUUCAUUCAGUCAAACAAUCUGAAGACACACGUACGAACCCACACUGGCGAGAAACCGUACAAGUGCUACAUAUGCGACCGAUUGUUUAACCAGAAGAACAACCUCAACACCCACUUGCGCAUUCAUCAGGGGCUUAAGCCCUAUCAGUGUACGGUUUGCGAGAAGCGGUUCAAUCAGAGUAACAAUUUGAACAAACACAUUUAUAAGGUUCACUGUCACGAGAAGGCAGACCAGCCCAUCGGUACUGCUUCGACAGCUGCUGCUACCAUUGGGUCAGCAGCAGACGUUCCGCUGGAUGGUGUCGGAACGGCCAGCUGACUGCGAUAGUCGGUCGUAACAGCAUGACCACCGUCGAUUGAUGGGAAUCUCAAAAGUAAACUCUGUAAAUGAUACGCACUCAAUUUAAUGUUAGUUCUUUUUUGCGUACAUCGAUGAUGAUAAAUAAUAUAAAUAAAGUAGUAGUCUAUGUAUAUGUUAUC